UUUACCUUCGUGCUCACACUGUGUCUCUAGUACAAGGAGACUAACCCCUCUUAGUUGUGUAUUUCGCGCCUCUUUACGAACACGGUCAUUGAACUAUCAUGAACAACAUGCGUAUGCUCGCGCAGGAGGAAGAAACGGAUGAUGAUAUCGAUGUUACAUGGGAGGACCAGCAGCGUAUAAACACAUUCUCAAAGUUAAACGCGAGGGUUAGAGUGAUCGAGGAGCGGAGGGAUGAACUCAAGCAAGAGAAGGAGGCACUAGAUGACUUGUCGAUGGAGCUUGAGCUCGCAGAUGAAGACCAACCUGUCCUAUACAAAGUCGGCGAAACGUUUCUGCAUAUGCCACACUCUCGGGCCACAAAACGCCUCCUGCACGAUCAGUCAGUUCUGGACAAGGAGUUAUCGGGUCUGGAGGAGAAGAAGGAAGAGUGCGAGAAAGGGAUGAAGGAGCUUAAGGUGUCGUUGUACGCUAAGUUCGGGAAGGCAAUCAACCUUGAUGAGUGAUCUCGAUUUUUCUCCUCUUUUGGCGGAAUGGAGUGCGGUGCUGUGUGUUAUUCUGGACUUCAAAUGCGCGAUGCCUGGUCGUGCUCUAGAGCUGUUAAAUACAGCUCAGGACCGUUCAUGACAUUUGUACAAGCUCACGGUCUUGGCGCUAGACAAAAUCGAAUGUUCCACCACGCCCACUGAACAUGUUGAUCGCGUUUGGAUCGACUCGAGGGUGCAAUACACGAACACAGCAUCUACGCAUCCCCGGUACUCUAGUAUCGUGAACAUGUGAGCUUGCAGCUAUGACGACAACGAGCUCUCUUUUACUCGCACCGCACCUGCCAUCUAUAACUGGCAUAUCAGUGAGCUGUAACAUUCCCCUGCGCUCCACUGACCACCGAAGAUCAGGUACGCUGUCCUUCCAAACACUUUCCUGGCUCGUCCCGCGCGAGACAGGCUGCGCGGUACAUGUUUCCUGGAUGGUUACCAUUUGCGACGAGCGCGCAAAGAGUGGCUCCCAAGAUUAGGCCCCACUGACGUCAAUCAGUCAAUCAACCCUUGCUCCUCCCCUCAGCCCUCCCCAGCGUAUAUAAAGAACACGCCUGGGAAGCGUACAACUUUCAUCGCACUCUAGAAA